AUGGGCCGCAUUUACCAGCAGCAUGUGAACGUUGGUUCUCCCACUUCCUCAAAGAACUUGACCUCCAUAAGUGAGACCCAUCAUGUCUGCAGGUCUUCAGAAAUGUGGCAUCAGAACUUUGGACUUUUAGGAAAAUCCUACACCCAUGACACAACAGGAUCCUUUUUGCUGGUGAAGUGGCUCCACAUACCCCUGCACACAGUGCCUCUGUGUAGUGCUGUGGUGGAUGUUGCUAUCCAGGAUUAUGUGGCUGACGUGGCCUCCAAACUUAUCUACCAGAACAAGAGCAGAUCUCCACAGAAAUCCUUUGUCUUCCCUCUGGGCUCCCACAUGGAUAUCUACUCCUUCCAGGCCUGCAGUGAGGAUGCCAAGGUCCAGGCCACGCUGCAGGAUACCACCCAGCAGCAGCACGAGGCUGCAGGGGGCUGGGAGAAUCUGGAACACCUUCAGAAUCUAUCUAAUUAACCAGGUGAGGUGUUUGCCUGUUUCCUGGGCACCCUGUCCACUAGCAGAGAGGUGGUCAUGACCUUACGCUAUGUCCAAGAGCUGCCACGGAAGCUAGAUGGAGCAGCCCAUUUUUUGCUGCCACCCACAAUGCAUCCCUACACAAAACUCCAUGCCUGCAAUUGUCUCACUAGCAAGCUGCCCUACAGCCUCCUGCUCACCGCUAGCCUGUAGUUGCCCUGUGGAUUGGCCAAUGUCCAGUCCAACUUCUCCCUCACCCCUUUGAUCUACACUGUCCAGGACCGCAGCACGGCACAGGUCUCACUGGCUGGCAUCCCCCCAAGUCAGCAUGAUUUGGAGCUGCUGGUGUAUUUUGGAGAACCCACAACAAUCAGUCCUGUGGUAAAGGGAGACUCUGGGGCCACACAAGGCUCCCUGCUUCGUGACCCCAUGGUGUGUGUGAUGCUGGCACCCAGCAUCCCUCAGGCAGUGCCUGGGCAGCACCAGGCUGGAGAGUUCAUCUUCCUCCUGGACAUCACUUUUCUUGAACAUGAACAGGACUCCCAGCUCUUCCUUCUCAAAAGCCUGCCCAUGGCCUGCUAUUUCAACAUCUACUGCUAUGGAGCAACAUCUGUGGGCAUCUACAAGCAAAGUGUUGAAUAUACUCAGGACAACCUGACCAAGGCCAUGCGGCACAUCCCCUCCACUGGCUUCAGCCUGGGUGACACCAAUCUGCUGAGAACCCUCCUCUCAGUCUACGAUACCCCCCACCCCUGCGGGCAUACGCACCAGAUCUUCAUCUUCAUGGCCAGGCUACCCCCUGACAAGGAAGCCAUCGCAGCUGAGGCCUGACAUCGCUGCAAUCCCCAUAGAUGUUUCUCUUGCUUUUCUGAGGACAGUGCUGCCCUGGCUACAGCCCUGGCUGUAGCUUCACAGGGGGGUGAAGCUACCUACUUCUCCUCUGACAACAGUGUGAUAAUUGUGUUGAAGUUCCUGAAGCGAGUGCUCAAGCUAGCAUCUGAGUCUCUGAGCUGGACCCUGCCCUGUGGCCUGGAGUUUGAGGUGCUGGGGGGUAUGCCUCAGUCCAUCUUUCAGGGUCAACACAGCCUACUCUAUGCCCAGAUCCAUGGACAGGCACAGGAUACCUCGGUGGCCAGGGGGGUCAUGAUAUUGCAGUACAGCCUGGACGGCCAGGAUGUCACUCACAGGGUUGAAUUCUCACUGUGCCCACAGGGAGAUGGAGAGAACACAGGUGUCCAGGCUCUCUCCCUGCCCACCUUUGGUCCCCACUCUGUCCCCAGCCUGGCUGGGCAUCGUCUGGCCGCAAGAUGCUUGCUGAUGAGGUUGUUGCCAGAGGCUGCAAGUGGGUCAAGUGAUGAACCCAGGCAUCAUGCAGUUGAGAUCAGCCUCAUUUUGGGGAUCAUCUGCCCCUGUCUCGGCGUGUCGUUCAUCCGCGGCUCCGCAUGCCCCUUUACCAGAUAUGUCGGGGUUCACACAUCACAGAGGGUCACCUGGUACCAAGGGCCCCUGGCAGUGUUGCCACCCCUGCAGUCGCUCAUCCCCUGCAAGAUCAUUAAGCUUCAUGGCCGUGAUAACGCCUCUUCCUGCUAUCCUGUGAGUGCCUGGAUCCCACCUGGCUGGCUCACAGCAGUGUGUCAGUCAUGGCUUGCCCUCCGUCGACUCACCCAUGGCAUUGCUGCCCUGCCCCAGCGGGGGGCUUGCUCAAAAGUCUGUAAACCACCACCACUACCAUCUGUUUCUUCUCUCAAGUAUGUGGAUCCCCAUGAAGUUUUUUGGUGCUCUCCAAAUUUUGGACCUUGGUUCACCAAAGCCAUUGCUGAAUGCCAGGAGCUGGUAGCACUGUAGAAUGUGGGUGGUUCCUAGGCCCUCAGGUCAGGACUGGCCUCGCUGGAAAUUGAUGAGUCUGAAAUCAAGGGAAAGAUGCCUGGUGAGGUCAUGGAGCCAAGUGUCUGGGCCACAACGCUGGCUGUGACCUGGAUGCACAGAAACGACAAAUGCUACCAAGACCUCUGUGAGGUGCUGGAGGCCAAGGCUAUGACCUGGCUGUGCAGCCAAGACACUCAGUUAGACAAGUGCCUGGAGGCAGCCAACACCCUCCUUGGGAGCAGCAUGAAGCCAAGUGAGCUCAACACAUGCCUUGUGCUACAGGCUGGCAGCACCUGCAGAACUAAAAAGGGCCAGAAAGUAUAG